AUCUAAGAAUCGAAUCUAUCGAUAAUCGAUACCAGCUGUGGCCUAAUGUUUAUUUUUAGCACGCCAUCGAAUUUUCACCUUUUUGUACUCAAAUUUUGGUUAAAAUAAAAUGAGGGGCAUGAUCAUUGUGCCCAUGGACCUGGAACCCGGCUUCCGCAAAGCAGACAUACACAAUAUACCUGCUCUGAACAGCGGAAUGGUGUACAAUUUUUGCCUAUCCGGCGCCUCUGAGAAAUCAAAACAAAUGCAAACGGAUAGAAAUGAUCUCCUGACGGAUUACGUCCAGGUGCGCAGACAUGGCGACGUGUGCGAACUCAAGGCACUCGUGUUUUCUGCCACCGACUUCGCCAACACGGUAACGCACGCCAAUGUGGCGCUCAAGGUCGUUGAAAGUGCGCAGAUGAUCAUGGACGGGCAAUGCAGCCUGUGCACCGCAGCAUGUACUUGUGCUCACAUCGUGGCCUUCACCUUCUGGCUGCUAAACAAGAGCACAGAUCGAAAUCCCUCGGCUGUGGUGGAGUUUUGGGGCCACGAGUUGGAAAAUCUGGUGCAACCGGAGCCCACAACUGCUACUCGUAUAUGUGAUAUAAUACCCAAGGAUGAGGUGCGAAUGGAGAGCGAACUAAACUCGAAGGAACUUAGCGCAAGCGAGGGAGAGGCUUUCCUAGUGACCAUUCUGAAUGAACUGGCCGACUGUGGCAGGGACUCGGCGCUCUACCGGCAAUGUGUGGAGACCACCGAUGAGUUCGAGCCCAUGUUCGUACACCAUGUGCUGCUCCGAGCAAAUGAGUACAAUGUCGUCGAUCCGCCCAGCUAUGUGCAACAUAUGGAGGCACAGGCACAUACGGGAAUUAUCGAAACUCUGUACGAGGCAACGCGAAACAAAUACAAAUCCCGAUUGUGGGUGGAGGUGCAGUACAUGCGCAUCCGUUGCUCCAUGAUGCACAUGAUCAUAAGCCGCAAAUCUUCCGAGGAUGACGAUCAAAUCUUCAAUAUGAUGUUUUGCAAGGGACGUGACAAGAAUAACGAGGAUCGGGUGCAGCAGAAGGAACACAAGCGCUUCAUAUUGAAACAGACUGAGAAGCUGGAGAACAAGAACUACUUAGAAUGCGGUCUGAUCCUGCACGAGAGCUUUCCCUUCCUGUGCGCCGCCCCUGACGGCAUCACGGACGAUCACAUUGUCGAAAUCAAAUCGCCCAAGACUGACGAGGACUUUGAGAAGUACCUCGAGGCACGCGAAUCUAUUGCACCCAAGUACAUGGCCCAAAUACAAAUCCAGAUGUUUGCGGCGAAUGUGAAAAAGGCGCUCUACUGCGUGCUGAGUCCCACGUUCGAGAGCAACGGAGCUCUACACUACGUUUGGGUACAAGCGGAUCCGGAAUUCGUGAGCAGUUUGCUGAGCAUGGCCGAAGACUUCUGGCGGGACGUGGUCUUUCCCCGCCUAUUGAAUAUCUACCCCCAGUGCCCAGGUCAAUAAAUAAAUGCAUUGUGCUGCUUACCUUUA